UUUUUUUUUGUCAUUUCUGUCACAGAUGCUUUUCGAUCAAGCUCAGCAUUCAGUCAAGCAACAGCUGCAGCACUUUAUCAAAGAGGACGUGCGCAAGUUCAAGGAGACCAGGAAACACUUUGAGCGUGUGCGUGAGGACGUGGAGAUCGCGCAGGUGAAGAAUGCGCAGGCGCCCAGGACCAAAGCUCACGAGGUGGAGGAAGCCACUUGCGCCCUCAGCGUCGCCCGAAAGUGCUUCCGUCACCUGGCCUUGGACUACGUUCUGCAGAUCAAUGUCUUCCAGGCCAAGAAGAAAUUUGAGAUCCUGGAUGCGGUGAGUCUUGUUUCAAUUCCACACAGACAUGAGCGUGGAUAAAUAAAUACACGUAGACGC